AUGAGCGAGAAAUUCCAUUGUCGCAUGUACGAGAACGUGCUCCCCAAGGUGGACGACGUUGUCAUGGUGAACGUCCGCCAGAUUGCCGAUAUGGGUGCCUACGUCCGAUUGCUCGAAUAUGGUGAUAGAGAAGGCAUGAUUCUACUCUCUGAAUUGUCGCGACGACGUAUUCGAUCGGUCCAAAAGCUCAUUCGUGUCGGUCGAAAUGAGGUUGUUGUUGUUCUCAGAGUCGACGAAGAAAAAGGUUACAUUGAUCUUUCCAAGCGUCGUGUCACUCCUGAGGAUAUCGCAAAGUGUGAGGAAAAAUACAACAAGUCCAAGGCCGUUCAUUCAAUCUUGCGACACGUUGCCGAAAAGCACGACAUUGCUCUCGAGGAGUUGUAUCAAUCCAUCGGUUGGCCCUUGUACAGAAAAUUCGGUCACGCUUAUGAUGCUUUCAAGUUGGCUAUCACUGACCCUGAUCCGAUCUUUGAAGGCAUGGACAUUCAACCUGAGAUCUUGAAAGAACUCGUUUCAAAUAUCAAGCGUAGAAUGACUCCUCAACCUGUCAAGAUCCGUGCUCAAUUGGAUAUUAGAUGUACUGGUGUGGAUGGUGUCAAUGCAAUCAAGGCUGCCCUGACAGCUGGUGAAGCACAAUCAACCGAGCAGGUUCCUAUCAAGAUCACAUAUCUUGCAGCACCCUUCUACGUUGUUACAGCUGAUGCUCUCGAUAAGACCGUUGGUUUCGAAGUUAUGGAGAAGGCAAUCAAUUCCAUCAAGGAGACUCUUGAAUCCCACAAGUGGUCUCGAUUCAAGGUUGAGAAGGAAGCUAAACUUGUUUCUGACUCUGACGAUCGUGAUUUCGCUGCUCUUAUGGCUCAAGCUGAAAAGGAGAACGAGCUUGUCAGCGGUGAUGAGGAUGAGGGCGAUGGUGUGGCAGCUAGCGAUGAUGACAUGUAA